UCGCUUACGAUCAAUCAGGCACAGGCAAGAGACUGAACCUAGGUCCGAAAGUUUCAGUUUCACGUUCCCCUUCAAUCUUAGCUUGGAAUUUGCCAAGGCCAUAGAAAUGACGAUCGACGACGAAAGCUCGAUAUACGUGGGCGGGCUUCCAUACGACGCGACCGAGGAGAGCAUUCGCAGAGUCUUCGAUUUGUACGGUUCCGUCGUCGCCGUUAAGAUUAUUAAUGACCAUAGUACUCGAGGAAAAUGCUAUGGCUUUGUUACUUUUACAAAUCCUCGAUCAGCAGUUGAUGCCAUCAAUGACAUGAAUGGCAGGACUAUUGAUGGGAGAGUUAUUAAAGUAAAUGGAGUGCGGAGUCGGGUUGGAAGACCAAACUUUGAUAGAGAAAGCUUUCAACGUAAAGUUGAGAGGGGCACUGACUGGGAUAGAGGUAGAGAUCAAGAAAGAGGUUAUGAUCGGGAGAGGACUCGGUAUCGGGAUCGAAACAAUGAUUGGUCUAGAGAGCGUGAUCGAUCUCGUGAUCAUGUUCGAGAGAGAGAAAGAGGAUAUGACCAUGCACGUAUUCAUGAUGGAGUAAGGGCUCCUUUCCUUACUAGAGAUAGAGAUGAGGAUGGAGAUAUGGUGGACAAUGGGCAAGAGCACAGCAGGAACCAUGACGAGGAUUGGGAAAGAGACCGUGAUUUGGAUCUGGAAAGGGAGUGGGACAGGACCAAUGAGCUUGAUAAAAGUGUCGACAAUGGUAAAGAUCAACAUUCAAAUAGACAGAAUGGUUUUGAUGUUAAUGGGAGUCAUGGUAGGGAAAUUUCACCUGAAUCGAUUGAUGAUUAUUAUGAUCGGGAAAAAGAAGAAUUUGAGAGAUUAACUCAUACGAUUGAUGAACUCAGAAAGGAGAUUUCUCAGAUGGAGGAGAGGGUAGAAGAGAAACAAAAACUUAUUAUGGAUUUACAGAUAGAAUCUAAGAAAUUGGAGGAUGAGUUGAUUGCUUCAAAGAAACACACUUCACACAAUCAGAUGCAGUUAACCAAGAUGUAUAAAUGUUUUCGGCUAGUGAAAGACUACUCUGAACGACUUAAAAGCUCUGAACAAGAACUCCAGGCUCUUGUUGAUACAGCAAAGCUGGAAACUGAUGCUGAUGAUGUUGGCUUGAGGGAUGGCAAUGCAUAAUGUCAUGGAGGAUUUAUGGUGGCGCACAUAGUAUUAACCAAACUUUCACCUGCAGACUCUUGUUGAUAUACCAAUGUUUGAAACUGAUGUCAGUGAUGAUGUUGACUUGAAGGAUGGGAUCCUAACAAAUGGCAAUGCAUUAUGUAAUGUUAAAGUUCUAGCUCUUGGGUGUGAUUCCUUUUAUUUCGGGUGCUAGAGUCAGUGAUGAUUUUGGUGAUGGCGGUAUGAGGUUUGCCUUUUGGUAGCUUUUACAAUUUAACGAUGUUCAUAUUAUCACUUAACCUUGUUAUCAAGUUGUCUAUUUUUUUGUUUUCAAACAUUGUGUUCUUUUACAUUGUCUGCAUUUUAAUGGGAAAGCUGAGUUCUUUA